CACGCUCAGCCACAACAGAAAGUGCAACCGAGCCUCAAGCAGCAACUUAAUUUUUGAGGCCAACGCGAACGAUGCAUAAGACGUGAGGCUAUUGUGCCACAGCAGUGCACGAAUUGUUGCACUUUGUAUCAUUGUCCACUAUGCCCUGCCCUACAGUCUAUGAGGUUGGCAAGAAUCCAACAGCAUUUAGAUGGACAUUUAAAAAAUGCAAUCAUUUUUGAAGAUAAGAGAAUAUGUCGUUGCCAUCUGCCAUGUAGGUCUGAGGGUCACUACCAUUGUCCGUUUUGCAUGAAGACAAUACUUAGAAGAAACAGUAUGGAGUGUCAUCUAAAAAUAUGCUCAAAAUCUGCAUUUGAGCCUUCCCACAGCCUACUUUUUCCAGCGCUAGAAUCUUCCCUCGACCUACCUGUUAUGGCACAAGAACCUUCCCAUAACAUACCGCUACCAGUACAAGAGCCCUCCCCAGCUAAUGAGCUGGGUCCAGAAAACGGUUCUAAAAAAAGAAAUACAACAAAGUGCCCUCAUUGCUCAUUAGAUUUGCUCAAAAAGAAUUUGGACACACACAUCUUAAGAAGACAUGCAGACCUCGUAUCCCAGGAUGUAACACUCCUGUCUCAUCUUUCCAGCAUUUGUGUUGAUGUAUCUAAUGGAGUGUCAGUAGUUCAACGAACUGGCCAUGGUUUUUCUGUUCCGGUCCAUGUACAAAGGAAGACAACAGGCAACAUUCAUCAUGUUAAAUGUGAACUGGAGGAAUGCUGCCAAUUCCACCUUUUGGCUCAGAGAAGUGGAUUGCCUUUUAGUCAGUGUGAACAUCUCCGCUCACUUGAUUAUUGCCAUGACACUGCUUUUGAAGAUAUCUUAAAUCCCAUUGUUCUAGAUGAAAUGGUGGCCCUUAAAUUUUUUGGGAAUGAAAAGAAAGCAGUUUGCCUAAAACGGCAAAAAGCAGCACAGGCAGCUUGUGUCCCAUUUUCUGUUUUGGUGGAAUUUGGUGGCUCCAAUAAGCAGAUUACGCUAUCCAUACAUGAGCCUACAAUACAUUUUUAUAGCCGCCUCGGUAGAGUCAUGGUCUGCUAUAAUUUGACUGAUGGCACUUGGCACUGUCCCUGUGCAAAGGCUUGCACAUCCUGUACUCACAAAAACAUUGGUAAAUGGCACUUGUUUCAAAUUAAUAGAGACUUGUUCAAGACUGGACCAUCUAAAUCAGCAGAUGCACAAACAAUACAAGGGGGUAUUUAUGUGCCCAACAUUGAUUUGCAAAGAAGUGUGCAAUAUGUCUUUGAUGAAAAAAAAAUACCAGCUUUCCUCCCAGAUGAAAUAAGCAAACCCAAGUCAUUGCUUGAGUAUCCUACACAGUUGUGUCCUGUGGAAACAACAUGUGCAUUUUGUUCUGAACAAACUGUACUUGAAAUGCCUCUGUUGGUCACAAAAAAGGCCAAAAUUGCAACAAUGGCAGGUGUAAUGCAUGAUGUUUGGGUCUACACAAGAAGAUGCCCAGUAUGUCAUGUGCUUUACAGGUACCGGGAAUGGCAGGACGGACUACACAACUUUGAUAAUCACUUGUUUCUAAGUCUUGAACUUUGUCUGUACCUUUGACAAGGGUUGCAGAAUCAUAUUUCAACUUCUAGGGCCAUCAACACUUUGGAAGGCCUCAGGGGAGUCCAAUACCCAAACAGAGACAGCCUUCUCCAUGGUUACUUGCAUUUUGAAGCAUUAACAGAUAAUGACUACAGUUAUUCAUGUGUAAACUGUGGAUACCAUCCCCAAAUUGUUAUCAUGGACCUUUAUAAAAAAGAUGUUUUCGGCUUAGCAGUGAGUGACCUCAAAGAGCCACCUGGCGAAUUCAAAGGCGAAGUGGACAGUGAACAGUUCUGGCGAUCAGUUUGUCUUGAGAUGGUUGCACGUGGAUUCUUUCCAAGUCGUGCACAGAACCCUUUUUCAGUGGAACCCACCUAUGAGAACUGGGCUCCAUGGAUUGGUAAACAUACAAGGAAAGCCCAAAUAGUACUCAAUACUGAAUAUGAGAAAGUAACAACUUCAAAGAGUGCUCCAGAAGAAGCGCAGAUCAUUAAUUUAUCCGAAGAUCAACAACAGGAAGUGCAACCGAGCCUCAAGCAGCAACUUAAUUUUUGAGGCCAACGCGAACGAUGCAUCCCUCCAUAAGACGUGAGGCUAUUGUGCCACAGCAGUGCACGAAUUGUUGCACUUUGUAUCAUUGUCCACUAUGCCCUGCCCUACAGUCUAUGAGGUUGGCAAGAAUCCAACAGCAUUUAGAUGGACAUUUAAAAAAUGCAAUCAUUUUUGAAGCCAUGGCAAGCUUUUUGCCCACUGGACAGAAGAGUCCAAGGCUUUCUUGAGUGGUGAACGACAGCCUGUAUUCCACCUAUGCAAAAGAAAGCAUGAAGAGACAGUGCAGGUAAACAUUUUCAAUUUAAAGAAUACAUUUCACUCGAACAGUAAACUUCAGAAACUCUCCCAACUGAUUAAACAUUAGUGCUCUGCUAUAAAUCUCAUAGAAAGUAAAAACAGUAUUAAUAAGACAUUGGUGGUAUGGGUAACAUAGCAUGUCAACUUAUCUGCCUAAUUCAUAUCUUUUUGAAAGCUGGCAAAAAUGCAGAUAUCCAACCCAGCAAAACUCAAUUUAGGGAGAUAACCACUAUGGUACUUGUUAUAGCACAUUAGAAAAUUGAAAACUCCUUUGUAAUAAAAAGAUCGUACUGGACGGUAGCGUAAAUAAAAGUUAUGAGAUGUAGCCACAGAUUAUAUGAAUCUGAAUUGGACCCUAAGGUGUUUUUGCCCCGUGUACAGAAAAAUGAUGUAGGUUUACUUAGCACAAAGAGAGGCCAAUCAGAAUGCCCCCUCCGUCUCAUACAGACUCUUGACUCUUAUCACUAUUUGUGAUAUUCUGUGUUGUCUGAGGGAGUCAUGACGCUUAUAUCAGAUUGCAGUAGACUUCUGGAACUACAGAAAAUGUGAGAUGUCUGCACGUUAUCCAAGGUGGUCCAGUUAUUUUUUUCCCAGAGAGGUAGUACUGUCCUGAAACCACCAUAUAGCCAGAUAACUGUAACUAAGUGUUAUGUUUUGCAGGCACAGGAGGAAUGUGAGGAUGCGUCAAUACCGCCAGAAGUACAAGUACAGUUUUUUAUAUAUCAAUAAUAAUUGCAUAAAACACAUUUACAUAAAUACACCAAAUUCUUAUUCCUGUCUAAGGUAUCUGUCCAUGCACAUGCAAAAACAGCCAGUCAGUGGUGCAGUGACAGCCAACACCAAUUCAUUGGUCUGGUCCAGUGGCCCCAGAUACUGACUAUGAAAGAGGAAGAUGCUGGGAAGGCUCUGCAGGAGUACGAAGCAAUGAAUGCAGAGGAAGAUUCACUAGUUAAUAGAGAUGACAUGACAUGUAAAGUAUUCUGAGCUGAUACAAAAGAUUAUUAACGACACAGAAUUGUUCUAUUUGUUUUAUUUUCAUUUUACUCUUUAUUCACACGUAAAUACUGUAUACGUUAAAUUUAAAUAAUGUUAGCAAGUUAUGAUGGUUGCAUAAUUGUUUUUUUCUUGGGGUAACAGCGGGAACACUAAACUAGCAUGCUCUAAACAUCAGUGCUCUCGCUACGCUACCACGGCCAUGAUGCUAGUAAUUACAAUAACAUGCAAGCAUUUACCUUGGUUAACUUGGGGGGUAUUUUUCGUACGUGGAUUACACGUUU